CUUACUAGUAGGUUAGUUUUUCUCCAUUUCUUCUGGGGUAUUUUUUUUUUUUUUUUUGAUAAAUAUAACUGUUUAUAAAGUAGUUGAAUUAUAUUCACUCUAUGCUCAGAUGGGCAUAUGCUCUAAAUCUAUAUUAUUCACGCUCUUACUUUGUUACUCGUAAUCAUAGCUUAGUUACAAGUCAAAGCUGAUUGUACGAGAGGAAGAGAGAGAGAGAGAAAGAGAGUAAAGAAAGACUGUUUAUCACGUUUCUGCUUGCUUUCUUCCCAGAACACCACUUGGGUACUUCCUGGUUUUUCAAUCAACCCUCUACAUUUAAAAAGCAGAUGUUUUGGUUUUAGGCUUAAUUAAAUAGGUUAAAUAACUAGUCAUCUUCUUUGGUUGAAGGGUUCUGUUUUUUAUUCUUUAUUUGUCUUCUUAGUAGUUUUUCAAGAUUUGUUUAUAUCAUUGGUUAGUUCAUAUUCUUGGUUCUUUGGGAUUUAUUUUAUAUUGUUUUUAUGUUAGGAAAUAACAGCUGUUAUUACAUUGUACAUACAUAAUCUUUUACCGAAUUAGUUCUUGUACUGUGUUUAUAAAGGAGAUUGAGUUUUUGGGUCUGAAAGUUUUCUGAGAUUUGUGUUGACCAACUGUUUGUUUCAAAACUCUGCUUCACAACGUCGUAAAGUUUGAAGCUUUUCUUUAUAACUUGAUUUGGGGAGGCUCAUUUCCUUUUUCUUGUGGCAAAUUCUUUUCAUGUCCUGGGAUUUUUAUGUGUUUGGGUAGCUAAUGAAAAUGGGUGGAGGUAGAAGAAAAAAGCAACAGUUUAGCAGAAUUCAUGCCUUUCAUUGUGGAAAGGCUUCAUUUAAAGCUGAGGAGCACUCACUGAUUGGAGGACCUGGGUUCUCAAGGGUAGUCCAUUGUAAUGACCCUGAAGGCUUUGAAGCCACUCUUCUCAAUUAUGGAGGCAACUAUGUAAGAACUACAAAAUACACGUUGGCCACUUUCCUACCCAGAUCAUUGUUCGAACAAUUUAGGAGGGUGGCCAAUAUAUAUUUCCUCAUUUGUGCAAUACUGUCGUUCACACAACUUUCUCCGUACUCACCUGUGAGUAAUGUCGUUCCUCUUGUCGUUGUGAUGGGAGUUACUAUGGGGAAAGAGAUUCUUGAAGAUUGGAGGCGUAAACAGCAGGAUAUCGAGGUAAACAACCGAAAAGUGAAGGUGCAUUGUGGUGAUGGCCUUUUCAACGAUACAAAGUGGAAGAAUUUGAAAGUUGGAGAUGUAGUAAAAGUAAAAAAGGAUAACUUUUUUCCUGCUGAUCUCAUGUUACUCUCAUCAAACUUUGAGGAAGCAAUUUGUUACGUUGAGACAACCAACCUUGAUGGGGAGACUAAUUUGAAGCUAAAACAAGCAAUGGACGCAACUGCCAAUUUUCAUGAUGACUCAAGCUUCCAAAACUUCAAGGCAGUUGUCAGAUGUGAGGACCCAAAUGCCAAUUUGUACUCUUUUGUUGGUAGUUUAGAGAUUGAAGGACAACAGCACCCUCUUUCUCCUCAGCAGCUUUUGCUCAGGGACUCAAAGCUAAAGAAUACGGAAUUUAUUUACGGGGUAGUAAUCUUUACCGGUCAGGACACGAAGGUUAUGCAAAAUUCCACACCUCCACCUUCUAAGAGAAGCAAAAUUGAAAGAAGGAUGGAUAAGGUUGUGUAUUUCUUGUUUCUCGUCUUGGUCUUGAUGUCAUUUAUUGGCACGAUUUUCUUUGGCAUUGCAACUGAGGGGGACCUUGAUAAUGGAAAAAUGAAAAGAUGGUACCUUAGACCAGAUGACACCACAGUAUACUAUGAUCCAAAGGGGGCACCAGUUGCAGCAAUUUUGCAAUUUUUGACAGAUCUUAUGCUGUACAGUUAUUUGAUUCCCAUUUCCUUAUAUGUGUCUAUUGAAAUAGUCAAAGUUCUUCAGAGCAUGUUCAUUAACCAGGAUCUCCAUAUGUACUACGAGGAAACUGACAAGCCAGCGAGAGCCCGUACUUCAAAUUUGAAUGAAGAACUUGGCCAGGUUGACACUAUCCUUUCUGAUAAGACAGGAACAUUAACAUGCAAUUCUAUGGAAUUCAUCAAGUGUUCCAUUGCUGGGAUUGCUUAUGGACGUGGAAUCACUGAAGUUGAGAGAGCCAUGGCUAAGAGAAAAGGAUCACCUUUGGUUUCAGGUGAGAUUGAAGAAGAGGGCCACAUUGAAGAUCUCACAAAAUCAAAGCCAACCAUUAAAGGCUUUAAUUUUGUGGAUGAAAGAAUCAUGAAUGGUAAAUGGGUUAAUGAACCUGGUGCAGAUGUAAUCCAGCAGUUUUUGCGGUCAUUGGCUAUAUGCCACACAGCAUUACCUGAAGUUGAUGAAGGCACAGGAGCAACUUCGUAUGAAGCUGAAUCACCUGAUGAGGCAGCAUUUGUGAUUGCAGCAAGAGAACUUGGAUUUAAAUUUUAUGAAAGGUCCCAUACAAGCAUUUCAGUGCAAGAGUUAGAUCCCUUCUCUGGCAGGAAAGUUUCAAGAGAUUAUAAGCUUUUGAACAUCCUGGAGUUUAGUAGCUCAAGAAAACGGAUGUCCGUAAUUGUAAGAACUGAAGAGGGCAAGAUACUUUUGCUUUGUAAAGGUGCUGACAGUGUCAUGUUCGAAAGACUUGCAGAGGAUGGUAGACAGUUUGAGCAGAAGACUAAAAGGCAUAUCGAUGAGUAUGCUGAUGCAGGAUUGAGGACAUUGGUUCUUGCAUACCGUGAAGUUUCUGAAGAAGAAUACAAUGAAUUUAGCAAGGCAUUCACUGAGGCCAAGACCAUAGUGAGUGCUGAUCGGGAGGAAAUGGUUGAGGAGGUGGCUGGAAAAAUUGAGACAGAAUUAAUUCUUCUUGGUGCUACUGCAGUUGAAGACAAACUACAGAUUGGGGUCCCAGAAUGCAUAGACAAGCUUGCUCAGGCUGGAAUUAAAAUAUGGGUAUUGACUGGAGAUAAGAUGGAGACGGCAAUCAAUAUUGGCUUUGCCUGUAGUUUGCUUAGACAAGAGAUGAAGCAAAUAAUAAUUAGCUCUGAGACUCCUGAAGCUGAAGCAUUAGAGAAAGGAGAGAACAAGUCUGCUGCAGCCUCGGCAUUUAAAGCAAGUGUCAUCCAACAAAUAAGUGCGGCAAAGCAGUUGCUUAGUGCAACAUCUGAAAACUCUGAGGCGUUGGCUUUAAUUAUUGAUGGAAAAUCACUUACUUAUGCUUUAGAGGAUGAUGUUAAGAACCUUUUUCUGGAGCUUGCCAUUGGCUGUGCUUCGGUUAUAUGCUGUCGUUCAUCUCCCAAGCAGAAAGCACUUGUUACAAGACUCGUUAAAAUUAGGACUGGUAGUACAACUCUUGCAAUUGGUGAUGGAGCAAAUGAUGUUGGAAUGCUUCAAGAAGCAGAUAUUGGAGUUGGUAUUAGUGGCGUUGAAGGAAUGCAGGCAGUAAUGUCAAGUGACAUUGCAAUUGCACAGUUUCGUUUCUUGGAACGCUUGCUACUCGUACAUGGUCAUUGGUGUUACAGACGGAUAUCAUCAAUGAUAUGCUAUUUCUUCUACAAGAACAUAGCCUUUGGCUUUACUAUCUUCUUCUAUGAAAUAUAUACGUCGUUCUCAGGACAAGCUGUUUACAACGAUUGGUAUCUGUCGCUAUACAAUGUCUUCUUCACUUCUCUUCCUGUAAUUGCCUUGGGAGUGUUUGACCAGGAUGUCUCAUCUAGAUUAUGUAUCAAGCUUCCAUUACUAUAUCAAGAAGGGGUACAAAACAUCCUUUUUAGCUGGUUCCGGAUACUGGGAUGGGCUUUCAAUGGGUUACUAGGUGCCGUCAUGAUCUUCUUCUUCUGCAUCCAAGCACUGGAGAGUCAAGCAUUCCGCAAUGGUGGAGAAGUAGCUAGCUUGGAUAUCCUUGGAACCACCAUGUACACUUGUGUAGUGUGUGUUGUCAACUGUCAAAUGGCACUCUCCAUCAACUACUUCACAUACAUACAGCAUCUCUUCAUAUGGGGUGGCAUUGCAUUUUGGUACAUAUUUCAAUUGGCAUAUGGAGCCUUGACUCCGUCCCUCUCAACAACUGCCUAUCAAGUCUUUAUUGAAGCAUGUGCACCAUCUCCAUUUUACUGGCUUCUAACCCUCUGUGUGUUAAUUGCAUCCCUUACUCCGUACUUCACUUAUGCAUCCAUACAAAUAAGAUUCUUCCCCACAUACCAUCAGAUGAUUCAGUGGAUGAGAAAAGAUGGGCAAUUGGAUGAUCCUGAGUUCUGUAAUAUUGUAAGGCAGAGAUCAAUAAGGCCAACCACGGUAGGAUACACAGCCAGGAUUGAAGCACAAUCGAAACGCUUUGAAUUCAAGCCUGAAGUCCUUUGAUGCACAUAAAUAAUUUUUUUUUGCAUAACAUCCUUAAAGUUCUUACCGAAGGUAUUGCUGUACAUUUGUUCAAAAGAGAGUUCUCUUUUUUCUCUUUGUACAUAUCUAAUGCAGAUUGCAGACAUUUUCUCUUUUUUCUUUUGCUGCUUGUCAAGAAAGAGUACCAAUAAUGAAGGCGUAAAAAAGAUAUAUAUAUAUAUAUAUAUAUAUGUAUAUAUAUAUUUAUAGGGGAAUUCUCUUGUAGGGGCUUCACUUUAAGCCCUACCGGUGGGGCUCUCAGUGUUCUCGACUCGUGACAAUUUUCGGCACGAUUUUUUUUAUGACCGUGUAUAUUGUAGCUAUUUAGAGCAUCCUGCAAAUUUUUAGAAAUUCCAAAUAGUUUACAGUAUGAAAACUAGGUUCAAACAUGUUGUUGCACACAUGAUUAAUUUUUUUUAUGUGCGUGGAAAAUAACAUAUUUGAACAUAAUUUUUGGUAUUAUAAACUAUUCAUAAUUUUUUGAAAAUUUGCAGAAAGCUCUAAAUAGCUAUAAUAUACACGGUCAUAACAAAAAUCGCGUCGAAAACUGUUCACGGGUCAAGAACACUGAGAGCCCCACCAGUAGGACUUAAAGUGAAGCCUCUAUAGAAUAAUUUCCCUAUAUAUAUAUAUAUAUACAUAUAUAUAUAUACCUUCAUGUUGCCCCUUUUAUAAAUGUACAUAUACUGUUUAGUAAAUGUACCAUACAAGAAACAAAAUUAAGUUCAUUUAUUAGUGUAAUGUGUAAAAUAGAAGAUAGGAGCUUUUGUUUCCUUGAGGUACAUCAACGAAUUAAGUUCAUUA